UACGACGCCGACAAACCCACGCUCCAACCCUCUCCACGAAAGUCUACUCUUCCCUGCUCGAGGGCUUGAAAUCUUCUCAUAGGGACUCUCGUUAUCGGUGGAAAAUAUCAGAAGAACGAACUCGCCGACCAUGCGAUUCUCCGCGACGACCCUGUUAAUCACCGCGCUGAGCUGGAUCAGCGCCGUGGCCGCACACAACAUCCAGCUCAAGGCUCACUCCCGAGAAUGCUUCCACGAGUCGCUGCACAAGGAUGAUAAGAUGACGGUCACGUUUCAGGUUGGCGACCGGGAGUUUGGUGGCAGUGGCAACCUGGAGAUCGAUUUCUGGGUCGAGGACCCCCUGAACAACCGCCAGUACUACAAGCACGCCAUCUCGUCGGAGGACUACUCGUUCAACGCCCACGCGGACGGAAAAUACGUUUACUGCUUCAGCAACGAGGGCUGGUCCUCCAACUCGAAGGAGGUGUCCUUCAACGUCCAUGGCAUUGUGUAUGUUCCGGAACAUGAGAUGGCGCAGGACCCUCUGGAGGCCGAAGUCCGCAAAUUGUCUGAGGCUCUCGCUCAAGUCAAGGACGAGCAGUCGUAUAUUGUCGUGAGAGAACGGGUACACCGGAACACCGCCGAGAGCACCAAUGCCCGGGUGAAGUGGUGGAGUAUCUUCCAGCUGGCUGUGCUGAUCGGCGAGGGUAUCUUCCAGGUUUGGUGGUUGAAGAGAUUCUUCGAGGUCAAGCGUGUGGUUUAAUGCGAUGUAUUUACGAUCGGAUUGCAUCGACGGGGUGUGUCUACCAUAGCAUUUCCUAGCAAAAGCGCCGGGCUCCUACCAUUUUAUUUCCAUAUUAUUAUUUCCUCGUCAAAAUAGAUCAUCUGGAUGACCAC